AUGGCGAUCUCUCUCAAUCUUCUUCAACUUCAAGCAAAUCCAGCACGGCCCAAGUUCUUGAAAUGGAACCCGGUCCGACCGGCGGUUUAUUUCAGAGCUCCGGCGAGGUCGACUGUCGUCAUGUCGCAGAUCACUCCGUCGUACUGGGCGACCAUAAACGAAGAUAUUGAGGAUCAUCUCCGGCAGGUCAUUCCGGCGAAGGACCCGCCGGCGGUGUUUGAACCGUUGGGCCAUUUCAUCUUCUCAGCCCCACGAAAUUCCGCUCCUGCACUUUGUAUCGCCGCCUGCGAACUCGUCGGCGGCCGCCGGGACAAGGCCAUGGCGGCGGCUACUGCUCUCCAACUCAUCCAUGCUGCGACGUACACUCGGGAAUACCCUCCACUGACGGCGCGUGAAAUCUCACGCGCCGCCGUUGUUGACCGCAUAUAUGGCGCCAACAUCCAGCUGCUGACUGGCGACGCAAUAGCUCCAAUUGUGUUUGAGAUUCUAGCGGGAUCUUGCGACUGGAGCGAGAGCGGGUCGGAGCGGGUUCAGCACGUGAUGGUGGAAAUGGCUCGCGCGAUGGGGACGGAAGGGUGGGUUGGGGGCCAAUUUCGGGGACUGGAAGAGGAGGCGACGGCGGAGGAAGUGAGCGAGAAGACGGAAGGUGGGCUACACGCUUGUGGGGGCGCGUGUGGGGCGAUAUUGGGAGGUGGAAGUGAAGAGGAAAUAGAGAAGAUGAGGAAAUAUGGAAAAUUGGUGGGGAUGGUGAAAGGAUUGUCAAAAAAUGUGUUUGGAGGGAAAGAAAAUGAGAGAAAAAGAGAGAAAAUUGAGGAGUUUAAGGUUUUGGCUUUCAAGGUAUUAGAAGGUUUCAAAGGAGAAAAAGUUCAUGAAAUCUAUGGCUUCCUUGAUUUUGAGGGGCUUUAG